AUGCCGGAUUGGUUCAAAGAUUUGAAAACUUUUCAGUUAUUGAUGGCGAAUACUGGGAUCGAAGGGGAGCUUCCAAGAUGGUUAUCAUCAGCAGCAUCCAUACAUAUGCUUGAUUUAUCGAGCAAUGCAUUGACAGGAGAAUUGCCUUCUUGGAUAGGAUCAAACAUGACUCAACUUGCUUCACUUAAUUUAUCAGGCAAUGCAUUGACAGGAGAAUUGCCUUCUUGGAUAGGAAACAUGACUCAACUUUAUACACUUGAUUUAUCAAACAAUGGGUUUAAUUCAUCAAUUCCUGCAGAGUUCAACAACCUGACACACCUAAUCGAUCUUGAUCUCCACUCCAACAAGCUUUCAGGACCCAUUCCUGCUCUCAUGGCUGCUAUCCCUGCAUCUGCAUUUGCCGGGAAUCCCGGCCUCUGUGGAGCUCCACUUCCUCCUUGUUAG